AAGGGAGAGCAAGAGAGAAAGUCUGCUGUGACGUGGCUAAUGUGGAAAGGGUGAGGAGUGCCUUUAAGAAAAAGCACUGUACACUCACGUUUCCCUGUAGCGAGACCUCUCUUUUUUUUGUUUUCAUUUUUUUUUCCCCUUUCCAUGCACUAAAUUGUCCCUGAAAGCAGAAGAGAGAUUUUGUUUAUCAUUUUCCACCCUGAUAGAAAGACAAUCUGCUGUCACUGCCCAAGGGAUUAGUGUCCCGAGAUGGGAUUAUAUUGUAGCCAAAUAGGAAUUGAAUGGGGUGGAUGCGGAGUAUCUAAAAGAGCAGUGACCCUUUUCCUGGGAGGCAUUAGAGCAAGAGAUCAAUCUGUGGUCAUGACAUACUCAAGCCUUGAUGAGUUGUGCAUGGAGAACCCAGGUGCAGUUCAAGUGGAAGAAAUCUUUAGAGCAGGGCCGGUGGUGUAAGAGGUGGGUGAGUGAUCCCCUUGUCACUGUUGGCACAGGGCCCCUGCUCCAUGGGAAGGGAAGUCCUUCCUUAAUCUGAAUCCUGAUGCUUCUUAACAUGCAGGCUUGGGAAACCUGUGUUGGCAACCCUUUUGCUUCCCAUCCCCUCCCCAGGGUCACAGGAAAACGUUUGAUGGUGUGCAUCUCAAAUUCCCUCUCCCUGGCGAGGGGUCUGUCACAUCCCAGCGCCCCCAUGUCCAUCCCAAUGAUUCGUGGGGGCUGCUGGGUGGUUCCUGGUUGAUGAGGACACGUUGUGGGGUGAGGGACCAGUGUCCACAUCUCUGGUGGCCUGGGUGAUUAGACUGAUGGCCUCCUGACGUCAGAUGAGAUCCGUUAAAAGGUAUUUAUCUCAGGCUUGGGCCAAAGCCGCGGGAGAGAUUAAAAGAGAUUGAGGCCAAGAUAAUCCCCUCGCAGCAUCCCACUAAAGUGGCUGCCAAAAGGCAUGCCACCAAAUCUUUUGCCACCCCUGGCCCCUGUGCCCAGUUCUGUUUUCCCCAUCCAGAGCCCCGUUUGCAGCCGAGAGAGGAUGUGGUGGCCCUGCCAUUGGUUUUCCCUUUGCAGGCCCUCUCUGGAGGCAUCAUCCCUCUUUCCGCCCUGCCUGGGACACGAGUGGCAUGCUGUCCCUGGGAAAACAGGAACUCCUGUGACUGUGAGCCUUCCAGCUCCCCAUGGGGAGAUCAGUCCUGGGAGAGGCUGAGGAGCAGAGAGGGAGCGAGGGACUCGCUGGGUGGACAAACGGGACUGCCUGGAGACUGCAGAGGUACGAGGGACUAUUGGGCAGUGAGGAGCCAUUCUCAGCAAGGGAGGCAGGCUGUGAGGGUCCCAUCCAGAGGGCACUGCAACCCACCUUGCUCUACAGAUCCCGGUAAGUUUGCCGCCUUGCAGUGCCUGAGGUCACCUUGGUGAACCUGGCAUUGGGACCCUGAGUUUCUUGGAGUGAUUAUGUGGGGAGCCUUUGAACAAGGGCUCAUCCCAUCAGAGGAUGAGGGAGGGUAAGAUCAUGGAAAGGAGUUGGGGUUAGCACUGAGGUGUCUUUACAGUGGUGAGGGGGCUUUGUACUGGGAUGGGGUUGCUUGUUCCCUUCUUGGCAGGUAAAUCUCACUGGUUUCCAGGCUGGAGCAGGAGGGUAACACCUCCCCUGAGCGAUCUGGUACUCGCUGCCUGUACACUGCCCUGCACUCCCAGUGCACCCUGUGCACACCUCUUUGCAGCUGGCUGCUGUUCUGGCUGGAGAAGGAGCCUCAGAAAGCAAGGAGCAGAGCAGGAAUCCAGGCUGCCCCAGGUGGAGGAGCCACCCCUAGGUCAGAAAGAUGGGGGAAAUGGAACAGAUGAAGCAGGAGGCUGAGCAGCUGAAGAAGCAGAUUGCGGAUGCCCGGAAAGCCUGCGCAGACACAACGCUCGCUCAGAUUGUGUCUGGAAUGGAGGUUGUUGGACGCAUCCAGAUGCGGACCCGAAGGACCCUGCGGGGACACCUGGCCAAGAUCUACGCCUUGCACUGGUCCACAGACUCCAAACUUAUGGUCAGUGCCUCACAAGACGGGAAACUGAUUGUGUGGGACACAUACACAACUAACAAGGUUCAUGCCAUCCCUUUGCGUUCUUCCUGGGUCAUGACCUGUGCCUAUGCCCCCUCCGGCAAUUUUGUGGCCUGUGGAGGCCUUGACAACAUGUGCUCCAUCUACAGCCUCAAGUCUCGUGAAGGCAACGUCAAAGUGAGCAGGGAGCUCUCAGCCCAUACAGGAUACCUCUCCUGCUGCCGAUUUCUUGAUGACAACAAUAUUGUGACUAGCUCUGGAGAUACCACAUGCGCGCUCUGGGACAUUGAGACGGGGCAGCAGAAGACCGUGUUCAUUGGUCACACUGGAGACUGCAUGAGCUUGGCCGUCUCCCCUGACUUCAAACUCUUCAUCUCCGGGGCUUGUGAUGCCACUGCCAAACUGUGGGACGUGCGGGAGGGCUCCUGCCGCCAGACCUUCUCAGGGCACGAGUCCGACAUCAACGCCAUCUCCUUCUUCCCUAACGGCGAGGCCAUCUGCACGGGCUCCGACGACGCCACGUGCCGCCUCUUCGACCUGCGGGCGGACCAGGAGCUGAUCAUGUACUCCCACGAGACCAUCAUCUGCGGCAUCACCUCCAUCGCCCUCUCCCGCAGCGGCCGCCUCCUCUUUGCUGGCUACGACGACUUCAACUGCAACAUCUGGGACUCCCUGAAAGCAGAGCGUGUGGGAAUCCUUUCUGGCCACGACAACAGAGUGAGCUGCCUGGGGGUGACAGCGGAUGGCAUGGCUGUUGCCACUGGCUCCUGGGACAGUUUCCUCAAGAUUUGGAACUGAGGAAGGCAGCAGAGAGAGGAAGAGCAGCAGAAGCAUGGCCCACAGCUAAACAGCACCAUCAGCUGAGCACAACAGAAAUGCCUACCUACCACUCCCACUUGUCUCUAGACACAGGUCACUUGUAGGAGUCUCCCAGAGUGAAAGGAGAUCAGGGAGGAGAAGCAGGGGGAGCUGGGGAGCAGGAGCACAGGCACUGGCCCUUCUCUCCAUCUCUAAACAGCCCCAGCAGUUUCCAGCCUUGUGCAGGCUUGAAGACCUGUUCUUUAUGUCUCAGGACUUUGCAGUACAAUUCAGACACCCUGCACCUUCCUUCAAACAUCUCUACCCACACUGGUACCCCUCCUCCUCCUCCUUCAGAGGACCUCUCAUGCAACACUCACCCCAGACUAAGCUCUCUCCCUGUUUUAACUCUACCUAACUUCUCUGUGCAGCUGUCCUGUAUCCUUGCAGACAGCCUCAGAGACACACUGGAUUUGAGAUUUCUAUGGCACCACCUCAAAGAUAAAGCUAGAGUAAAUUUGGCUCAUUUUCAUGGGGGAACACUUAGCUCAAGUCCUAUCUAUGCAUAAAGGGGGGAAAGGCAGCCUUCAGACCUGCCAGAAUAGCAGGGAAUAUAUUUAUUAUUUUCUUAGUUCAAGUCUUAUCUAUGCAUAAAUGGCAGAAAGGUAGCCCUCAAGACCUGCCAGAAUAUCAGGGAAUAUUAUAUUUAUUCUUAUUUGUUGUCUGCUUCUUGCUGUUCCUUCCCUCUUUGCCUCACUCCUGCAUUGUGUGGUGACCCUGUCUAACCAGUAGCCAUCAGCCCAUGUUUUCAAGUCUGUUUAGAUCUUCAUAGCCCAGGCAAAUAAAGAAAGCUCACAGAA